AAGGGCUCAUGCGAAUGUUUUUUUUAUCCAAUGGAGAACUGGUUGCCUUGGCGAGCGAUAACGUUAAUCGAUGAAACUUCAUUCCACUUCCCUCAUGGUCGACGACGGCAGUCGUCUCCUGGACCGGGUGGUGAGCAGUUGGAGGGGAACUUAAUCUACAUAGGACAAGAGCAAUGGAGGUUCAAGAUAGCUUUAGAUACCAACAAGCAGUCCAGCGACUCAAGAAGCUCCUGUAUGAUGGCUCUGCGGAACCUGUGCCUUCUCACCAGUCUUCCCACAGAGGAUAGCGGAUAUAGCUCUAGUCAUGUCUACAGUAGUUUACGUAAAGAUUGGAUGAGAGAUGGUGGUGGCCCAAAGAGCAGUGCGGAUGAACUCGAUAAAAUUAAUGAAGACAUUUCAAGAAAGAAAUACAAAGGUUCCCCUGAAGGAGUGUGGUGCCUCAUGGAACUUUUACGCCAUCAGGAGGAACUGAUAGCACAGCUGGAGAAAGAGAACGAAUUUUUGAAGCGUGAAAUUAUAUCAGUAAGUGAUGGUGCUAAGAAAGUGGCCCAAGAAAACCAAGACCUCAGUCGUCGAUUGGCUCAAGCUUUAUCCCAGGCUCUGGCUCGAGACGAGAAUACUGACAGUUCUCUUAGCACUUCCAACAGUCAAGCAGAAAAGGUCCCAGAAUCUCUGGAUAAAUUACAAAGAGAGAAGGUGGCUCUAAUGGCUGAAGUUGAAAGAUUGCAGUCUGCAUUAGACGCCAUGACAGAGAGGGAACAAAGUGCCCUUGAUAAGCUGCGAGCAGCACUUUCCAUAGCUGAAGAGACACAGGCAUUCACUACUCAGGUUCGUGCGAGUAGUGAGUCUGCCAUAGAAGAACUUUCUGGUUUGCUCAGAUCAACAAAGGAAGAGGGAGAAGAACUUAAGCACCUUCUUCAGGAAGCUGAGAAAAGGACCAGCCAGGAGGAAGAGCAGCAAGAAAAAUGGAGAUCCGAGCAGGAAAAAAAAGUCAAACUUUUAGAGGAAGAGAUUACUAAUCAAGGCACACAGAUCACUCAAUUAGAGGGCGAAGUGCGGGAAAAGGGCCGACAAAUUGUUGUCUUGAAAGAUGACCUUCAAGCAGCACAGGCAGCCAAAGCUAGAAUAGAGACUCAGUUAGAGGAGCAAAGACAGCAUGCCAAAGAUGCUCAUGCCAGACUUGAUCACAUCAUCAUGACGCGAGGUGCUGAAGCUGCAACUGCCACUACAAGAGCAAGAGAAUUAGAAGAUAGACUUUCUUCAGCUAGGCAAGACAUCAAUCGCUUACUCAACACUAUCACCUCCAUAGCACAGGGUCCUGGAAAAAUAAGAGAUCUACAAUCAACAGAUGAUGUCAAAAGUGAGCGUCUUGCUGCCGAACACCAGAUGAGCACUCUUCUUUCUUCUUUGCAAGACAGACACGAGGAAGAAAUAAAAGCUCUGCAUGAUGCUUCUACUGAGCAUCGGAAGUCUGUGGAUGCUCUAAGGCAGGAAAUAGCCGAGAUGCGACAAGAAAUUGUGGAUGAUAAUGAAAGAAAUAGGGAAUGUCUUCAUAGAAUUGGUCAAAGUAUGGGUGUCCCAACUCCUGAGGGUGGAAGUCAAGGCGUGGAAGGUCCAAUUCAUGUAUCAAAACCAGUCCUUAUUGAUGAUGAUGAAAAAAAUGGUGCAGUCCAAGCAAGUUUACCUGCGAAGGAUGAAAUAGGAGUAAAGAAGGAAGGUGGUGACACUCCUGAGAAAAACCAAGAUAAUGCAAAUAUGUCAUCAGGCAGUAAGGAAAUGGAUCUGAUUACAGAUAGUGAAGGUGGCAAGAAAAGCCCUAAAAAUCAUACAGAAGAAAACUUGCCUCCAAAAGAAAAGCAGAAAUCCUCUGAAGAGAGCAGCAAAGAUAUACAAAUAAAACCUGACUCUGAUGACACUAAAGAAACUAAAGAUAAGCCCAACAUUCCAAAAGAACCCAAGAAACCCAACUCUGAUGAAGUUUCAGAUAAGAAAGAAGAACCCAAGAAACCAGACAUGGAUGAGGUUCCAGAUAAAGAGGAACCCAAGAAACCAGACUUAGACAAUGUGGUUGCAGAUAAGAAAGAGGAACCCAAGAUACCAGACUUAGACAAUGUGGUUUCAGAUAAGAAAGAGGAACCAAAGAAACCAGACUUAGUCAAUGUGGUUUCAGAUAAGAAAGAGGAACCCAAGAAACCAGACUUAGACAAUGUGGUUUCAGAUAAGAAAGAGGAACCCAAGAAACCAGACUUAGACGAGGUAGUUUCAGAUAAGAUAGAAGAACCUAAGAAACCAGACACAGAUGAAGUUUCAGAUAAGAAAGAAAGUGAUGGAAUUAAAGUAUCUCUUCCAGCGGAUGGAAAGAAGAGUCCUUCUGAAGUGAAAAAAGAAAAUGGUAAUACCAACUCUGUAGUGCCAAGCCCGAGUGAGUGUGAUGCAUGUCAUGGGUGGCCACUGAUUGUACAAGUUGUUGGGCAAGCCCUUGAAGAAAUUCAAGUAGACGUAGACAAACAAGCUACACGCCUAGGACGUAUGAUGAGCACCCACAACUCACAGUGCAACAAUUGCUUGAAAUAUCAGCUGUUUCUUGGUGUGGCAAUGUAUAGACUUAAUGACCUGUAUAAUUAUUCUGAUACCCUCGGCCAAAGGAUUGACUCACUCCUUUACAGAAUAAUGACCUCCUAGAAUCACUACGACUGGCUCGAAGUGAGUGUACUUCUCUCCAACAAGAAGUUACUUUCCUUAGAAAAGUGACGGCAAAUGCCACUGCCCUUAACUUAUCUUCCUGUCCUGACCCACUUCCAGUAGUCACUGAAAUAGCAACAUUUUC